AUGUUUCCCCUGAGCGCUGUCGCGCAGGUCGGCCAGCUUGAGGCCCAGGAUGCCCAGGGCCACCAUCCCGAACUCCGCGCCGCGAUCCCGGACCCUGGUGACGGUGACCAUGGUGGGACAAUGCCCCGAACCCAAGAAGCCCUUCACCUGCCCUCGAUUUUCCCCGCGCGGACGGGGGCGAAGUGGGCAAAGACCGCUCAUGACAAGGCGCCUUUGGAGGAAGGCGUGGAUCCCACCGGGGAGAAUGCCUCCUUGAUUUGGUGCCGGCCCUCGGUUCUUGUGGGUCGCAAUAGGAUACGCCGAUUUGCAGAAGCAUCUGCUGGCAAGCUCCUCGGGUUCUUGGAUCAGGUGGAUCUGACCGACUUGUUUCCCUACCCUCCUGAAGAGGUCAACCUGACGAACGUAACCAAUGACUCCAACUACACCUCGUGGGACUACGAAUUCUCAUGGCAGGACUACGGUGCCGUGUUUCAGCGGCAGCUGGCAGCAGUUCAGAUCCGAGAGCCGUCUUAG